CCCUUCCUGCCAACGCUGCAUUUGGCCCAGGCCCCAUCCAUGGCCGCCCUUGGGACCAUGCGCUGAGCCCCGGGGGCUCUGGCGUCCGGGGCCACGCCGCUCCCAAGGGACGAGCGUGAGUGUCUGAGUGUCGGAAUCUCAAGGACCAACGUGGGGGCGCGGGCGCCGACUACACGGACAUGAGGCGGAGGCUGCGCCUACGCGGGGACGCGUCGCUCACGCUGCUUCUCGGCGCCGUCCUCGGCCUUCUGCUCUAUGCGCAGCGCGAAGGCGCGGGUCCGACGACGAGCGCGCCGCGAGCACAAGGUGUGGCAGCCCCAGGAUCCAGCCCGCAGCUCCGCGCCUUUCAGGCACUGGAUGCGGGCAUAGUCCCGCCGGUCUACGAAGAGGACACGCCGGAGCCGCCCACGCCAACCGGACCCUUUGACUUCGGCCGCUACCUGCGCGCGAAGGACCAGCGACGCUUCCCCCUGCUCAUUGACCAGCCACACAAGUGCCAAGGAGAUGGCGCCCCCGGCGGCGGACCCGACCUGCUCAUCGCUGUCAAGUCAGUGGCGGCUGACUUCCAGCGGCGCCAAGCCGUGCGCCAGACGUGGGGUGCUGAGGGUCGCGUGCAGGGGGCGCUGGUGCGCCGUGUGUUCUUACUGGGCGUGCCCAGGGGUGCGGGCACAGAGGGGGCGGAGGCGGAGGGGGCAGGCACGCCAACGCAUUGGAGGGCCCUGCUGCGUGCUGAGAGCCGAGCUUACGCGGACAUCCUGCUUUGGGCCUUUGAUGACACUUUCUUCAACCUAACGCUCAAGGAAAUCCACUUUCUGGCCUGGGCCUCAGCCUACUGCCCUAACGUGCGCUUCGUUUUUAAGGGCGACUCGGACGUGUUUGUCCACGUGGGAAACCUACUGCAGUUCCUGGCACCCCGUGACCCUGCACAGGACCUGCUUGCGGGUGACGUGAUCGUGCAAGCACGGCCAAUACGAGCGCGGGCCAGCAAAUACUACAUCCCGGAAGCUGUGUACGGCCUGCCUGCCUACCCUGCCUACGCAGGUGGCGGUGGCUUCGUGCUUUCGGGAGCCACACUGCGCCGUCUGGCCGGUGCCUGUGCACAGGUUGAGCUUUUCCCCAUCGACGACGUCUUUCUGGGCAUGUGUCUACAGCGCCUGCGGCUCACCCCUGAGUCUCACCCUGCUUUCCGUACCUUUGGCAUCCCCCGGCCUUCAGCUGCACCUCACUUACACACCUUUGACCCCUGCUUUUACCGUGAGCUGGUUGUAGUGCAUGGGCUCUCUGCUGCAGACAUCUGGCUUAUGUGGCACCUGCUGCAUGGGCCACACGGGCCAGCCUGUGCACAUCCACGACCUGUUGCUGCUGGCCCCUUCCAGUGGGGCCCCUAGUCACCUAUUACAGCCCCAAGCUCCCUUCAUUCCAACCCAGAAUAUAGUAGGAUGGAGUUUGACGCUGAGGUUUCCGAGGCAGAUUACUGUGGGUGUAUGUAGUUUUUCCUGAGAACAGGGUAGAAGACUUUAGGCUCUAGCCCUGUAUCGCUAAGUGCUUCCACAGGAUCCCAAGGAAUGAAGACUGAGUUUUGGCCCUGCUGGCUCACACACUGGGAGACGGUUUGGAAUCAAUCAAAUGGAGGUCAUUUUAGAUAGCCAGGGUGAGGUGGUAGAGCGCCAGGCUCUUUGCUAAUAAGCAGGUAGACAUGUCUGGUCCUCCUAGUACCAAAUAAUUGGUGUAUAUCUGUGGGUGGGAGGAGUGGCAGAGGCUCAUGGAAUCUGAUCAUACUUCUUGGUUUGGAACCCCCAGGAUGCUGACAAAUGCAGAUAUUUUUUAAGGCCAGGUCCCCACAGCAUGGUGGGGGUGGCUCAGGUCUCAAGGAACUGGCAGGCAUUCUGCCACAACUCAUUCUGAAAGUAGGUAUUUUGCUUCCUACCUGCCCCACCAAAUUGGAUUUUCAGCCCUGUCCAGGUCUUUGGAUCUUCCAAGGUCUGCUAUCCUGAAGGCAACUCCUUCUGGGUCCAGGUCUGGCUGGAACACCAGAGAUGGGCAGGCACACAGGGACACAUGAGUGUACUGUCCUAUCUAGUUUUCAUCUCCAACUACCCAAGAACCUACACCCACACAAGUGUGUCAGUCUCCUGCCAGAGGCUACCUUCUUCAGAAGCCUAGGAACCUCUUCUAAGAUAACACCACUACAAAUCUUCCCAUAUUCUUUAACCACCCCCUUUCUAAAAAAAUCAACUCCCCCACGCUUACUUUAGUACAAACAUCCCAGCAAUAGCACAUGAUGAGCCAUUGCUGAGUGCAUAGGUCUUUAUUGGAGGAGGGAUGUGGGCAGGGAAUGAGGAAGGUUCCACCGUUCUAGGAGUAUGGGAACAGUCCUGGCUGCCCCAACAGUGGGAUGUGUGUGUGGGGUCCUCUGGCCAGGUCACAGUCCAAAUGGGAAGACACCAGUCAGUCACAAAGUCAUGGGAGUGCCACACAAGCUUGGCUGUAGGCCCAGAAACCACAAAGAAGCCCAGGGCAGGUCCCCUGCACAUUCAUUGUUAAACUAUACAGGAUGAGGCUGUACAUGAGUUAAUUACAAAAGUCAUAUUUACAAAAAUCUAUACACACAUUUGAAAAACUCACAAAAUUGUCAUCUAUGUAUCACAAGUUGCUAGACCAAAAUAUUAAAAAUGGGAUAAAAUUA